AUGAUGAACCAAGAUUACGCAAGAGAGCGAUCUCGAUCACCUUUUCGGCCCAGUAGUGCUUACAGUCACCACAGCCAUCACAGUCGCAGCUCAUCCCCAGCUCUUGCUGGUGGUUGGAGGAACGAGGCACUGUCUCCUGCAAACAGCUAUGUCGAUGAUUAUUAUAAUCCAAACGCUUAUGAUCACGAUCUCUGCAGAAACUACUACGGUGUGGAAGAUGAUUACUACGGCGCAUACGGAGAUCUUUUAGACUACGAGGAAAAUCUUCGAUUGACAGCUGAUUUGGAUGAAACCGAGCGAUUAAGACGUUGGCGGGAUCGAUUGGCUUUUGAAGAAUUACAAGAAACCGAAAGAUCGAGAAGAUAUGAAUUAAUGGCUGAAGAAGAAAGGCUUCGAUUGGGAUUGAUCGGAGGUUCUUGGUGGGCUCGCCGCUAUGGACAUCACCAUUCUCAUAAUGGCCGUCACACCCCUUCACUCACUGGAGGGUGGAAGAAUUACUAUGGAAACCGGUUGAGACGAUGGAGCUCGAACCGAAUGCCGUUAUCGUCACCGUUAGCCUCUCGAUUUGAAAGGAUCUGGUGCAAUCCGAAUUCCUCCCGCCGUAGACUUUCAAAUGCAGCAGCCAUGAACUCGAAGCUGGAACUGUUGAAUCAAGAACAGAUGAGAUUAUCGAACGAAUUGAUCAGGAUCAGAGAAGAUGCUAGAAUCAGAGAGAUAGAGAUCCAAAGAGAACAAAAUCGGAUCGAGCAAGAGAUCUUAAUGGAGAGAGAACGAAUCAAGGAAAAUUUAUAUAGGGUCCAGAAAGCUCAACAGGAGCAAGUUGAAAGAGAAAUCAUACAGAGGAAUCGAGUAGAACAAGAAAUGUAUCGCGAAUCUUUGCGAAACUUGGAAAAUCAACGCCAAAUGGUCGAUAUCGAACGCCAACGAAUCCAAAACCAACAUCUCAGAAACCAGGUUGUUUCUGAUCUCCAAUCCCAGGAGCAGGAGCUACGUCUACGGAGAGAGCUUGAAUUGGCUGGUAGUGGACUCUACAAAUACUAG